AUGUUGCGCUCAUCUGUGGUGACUGAUUAUUUGCGAGCAGGACUCUUCAGGUUUCCACACUUCCCAGUACAACACGGUACAGUAGAAGUAAAGGGUCAGGGACGUGUAUGGACACGAUGCCGACCAUUUAACCAUUCUAUAUUCAGUAUAUUCGAGAAUCACUCAAGUUCUGUCUCAGUCAGUGACAUGUGGCAAAGAUUGAAAAAAGAAAGUGUAAAAAUUGAGAAAAAUGAGGAAGAAUUGCCUGCGAAGGGGUCACCACUCUUUGAGUGUUUGGAAAGCAGUGUUGAAGAUGAGAGGGAUGGAAACGACACUGCUCAAUCAUUUUUCUGCAGCACACUCAAUUAA